AGACGACCUCUACAGACUGCGAGACAGAAAGUUUUUAUUAGAGGAUAAAAAGCGCCUUUGCGCGUUGGCUUUGGGGACUGCUCUGCUCGGGAUACUGCUCACGAUAAUCCACGCCGAGAUAUGUCCCCUCGUUUAUAAACCGCAUCACAUAUCGUCAUCAUCAUCAUCAUCAUCAUCAUCAUGUGGAGAUAAAGCCUGUUAACCAUUGGGCGCAGUGACAUGUCCUACUCAACUGCUGUUUUCGAGGACAAGUGAUCUGCAGGCUUUUGUUCAUCUCUGACAGUUUAUCAGCCACACUUGUCUUGUACAGUGUCUACCUCAUCAGCACAGAUCCAACCAAGAAAUCUCCAACAUUGGGAUCAUCUGAUGCAGUGUUUGAUCUGGUCACUCUUACUAUAAUGAUAACAAAACGUGGUAUUAACUAAACCUUCAAAUCUUUUACCUGCUAUGACUGUCCCACUGCACCAGUAUAUUAUUCUUGUAGGUUCCUUUUUUCAAGCAUAUUAUAGAUUAUAGAUACCUCUAGUUCCACGAGCACAAGAAUCUACAUGAAAGCUAAUGAAACCACACCGACUAACAAACCAAAUAAGAACAUUUAGGUCAGACCAGCUUCUUUUGCACUGGAUUCAGUUUUGGCCACUUUUUUCUGUUGCUAUGCCUUGGGUGGCCUUUACUGGUUGACGGUGGCUCGAUGUAUGAGAAACAAUCUGUGUUAAGGUUAACCCAGAUUAGGUUCACCGGGCUUGAAUGUUACAAAAACAGUUUUAGAAACUCGGCAAGAAACAUGUUGUUGAACUCUCUGUUAUGGAAUGUGGUGAAAUGUUGAGCUUUUGUGGGGUCUUCUAAUUAGCCCUGGACGAAAUACAGACAUAAUGUGGAUGCUACAAAGAAACUGUGGAAAAUGGCGUACUUUGCCAAUGGACGUCACACCAUACCACCUACACGCUCAAGUUUCCUCAAGUUUGAAAGGCUCAAACAUUGCCUUAUUCAUCAACUGUUCCAUCAGCCUGUCUACUGGGUGUCUCCUGAUCCUCAUUAUAGCUUUCCAUUAUAAGGACAUCAGGCUGUUUGUCAUUGACCACAACCAGGUGGACUGGCGUAUUGCCAUGACCAGCCACAGGGUGCUUAUGAUCACUCUGGAGCUGAUGGUCUGUGUCAUCCAUCCUGUUGGCACAUACUGUGAGGUGGGCCUCCACGCCAACUCCUCUUCCUCAGCUCCACUCUGUGUGUCCAACCACCAUGGCCUGAUGAACAUGGAGCUGCUGUUAUCAGUGCUGAUGUUCCUCCGCUUGUACUUGGUACACAGAGCCAUCUUGCUGCAUAGCAAAGUGCUGCUGAGCGCCUCCUACAGGAGCAUUGGCUCGCUCAACAACAUCAACUUCACGUUCCGCUUCGUACUCAAGAUACUGAUGAACAAAUACCCGGCGCGCACGCUGCUGGUCUUCAUCCUCUUCUUCUGGCUCACUGCGUCCUGGAUGCUUACUUUGUGUGAGAGGCAGACCCAAGCAACAGCAACAGGCCAAAUGAACACGGCUAUGUGGCUCAUAGCCAUUACCUUCCUCACAGUGGGCUAUGGGGAUGUGGCCCCCAAAACCAGCUGUGGCAAGGCGGUGUGUCUCUUCACUGGAGUCAUGGGUGUAGCCUGCACUGCCAUGUUGGUGGCAGUUGUUACCAAGAUGCUGGCGUUGAACAAAGGAGAGAAACAUGUGCACUUCUUCAUGUUGGACAUCCAGAUCUCUAAAAGGAUUCGCCACGCUGCUGCUAAUGUGCUGAGGGAAUGCUGGCUUCUGCACCGUGCAAACCUGACAAAGGGCAACUGUGGUGAGCACCGAAGACACCAGAGAUGCCUUCUGGAAGCCAUCAGAGUAUUUCGGCAUUUACGCCUCAAACAAAAAAAGCUGAGAGAUUACGUCAGUGAGAUGGUGGACCUCCCGAAGAUGCAGAUGAUCAUGUGCGACCUCAGUGCCAAUUGGAAUAACUCCUAUCGGGAGCUGGAGCUGCGGAUCCUCUCCAUGGAGCAGAAACUGGACGAGCUGAGUCACUGCUUCCAACAAACCUCAGAGAUGCUAUCUCAGGUCCUACGUCACCGCAACCCAGAGAUCAGGUGACAUGGCUACAAACACUUAUUACGGCGACAGAUAAUUGUCUGCAGUGCUUUUAUCUACAGUAUCCAUGAAAGUGAGAGGGUGAAUCCUCUCCACCUAGAGCUGCUCCAGACUCUUAACAUGCUGAACCACUUGGGAGGACUGGCAUACCUACCAACUAUCUCAUCUUCUGGCCCUGUGCUGAAUGCACGGCACAAUGACUCAUGGCUGCAAAAUUAUACAGAUAAAAUAAGACUCACAGCGCAUUUUGAGGAAAUCUCUUGUUUUUUUCAGCAGUUAUGUGUGAGAGUGUACAAAGAACUGAAUUAAUCUUAAACAAGGACUGUGGAGAGCUUACACACUGCCAAAGGCUCCAGAACUUGAUCUCUUAACUGCAUUUUGUAAAGUUUCAAUGAUGGAUUUCAUCACUGCCUUAUUCCUGUGGAAUAAGAUGCAUAUUUUUAUAUGUUAUUAUAUAUAUAUAUUAAAAUAAAAACUCUUGCAAAUCAUUUCAUUAACAGACAGUUUAAUGGUUAAAUUGUUGAUUAUGUUUCACAAACAGGCUUAUAUAAUGCAAUCUGUAACAAUUCCUCAUUGUUCCGCUUUCCUCCAAGUGAAUUGUGAAUGAAAUGGUGUUUUGAUGCUCAACCAAGAGAAGAAACUUAAAUUUAAGUGUUGUGGGGAAACACCUUUAUUUAAAACUGUAAAUCCUUGGGCUUUUUAUGGGAUGUCCACUGAAACUCAUAGAUUAAUGUGUACAGUGUAAGGUUGUAAUUGUCUGAUGCAGGAAAACAGUUAACACCUGCUCUGGGAAUGUGAGUUGUUUUGUUUUUUUUAGUACCCAAACAGCACCAUCUAGUGGAUGAAUUAAAUACACAUAAUAUUGCAGAACGUGACUUCAGAACCAUGAAGAUUAUAUAACAAUAAAAAAAAAGUAAUAUGCUAUUUUCAACUUGAAUACCGAGACCUCUACAUGUCUCACAGGGAAACAGCAUUUGAAAUCAGCUGUAGUGAAAACAAAUCUGGAAAAACAAGAGGACUCAGAAACUCCCAUACAAACCUCACUGUUAAGAAUGCACUUUGUGUGAAACAUUUGCAAAACUGGAUCAACUCUCUGGAGGAUAAACUGGAGUGUUUUUCAUUUAAUCCAUACUGAACAAAGUGCUUUGUGGGUUAAUUUGUUCUCUGGUGUGUCGUCAAAAGAAUUAAUGACUUGUUCCAACAUUGUUUACUAUGUAUCAUUUGCUCAUGGUGAAAACAUGUUAACAUCCAGGACACGCUUAUAAUUAAAAUCCAUUAAGAAUUAA